AUGGGAGUGCAGGCCGUGCCGGUAGCAAAAGCAGCAGAGUCUGAGGUGAACCCAACACCGUCCCGCGAGCCAGCAUUGCUGAGGGACCGCAAGCCACCGGAGCGCGCCAUGUUUACUGCCCACCACACGCCUUCGUCUCCCAACGCCCUCUACUACGAUCCUCAGAUGGUCAGAAAGCUGCUCGGCACCGAAGACAAGCCUCGCCGCACUGCUACUCGCCAGACGCACGUUUCUGCGCCCCAGGUCAGAAGAGUUGACAGCGGAGAGACAAGUGAGACCGCAAUCAAAUUCGUCGAGCCCGAGAGACAGCGAAAGGAUCCCAGAGGGAAGCGGCAAAAGGUGAGGGCCAUGUGCUCUGCAGCACUGGAGAAGUUGAAGCCGACGCGAUGA